UGACAAGUCUUGCUCUUCAUUAUUGUGCAAAUAAAAACAGACAAUUUAAAAAUAUAAAUCAUUGCUAUUAUUAUUAACUCAAGCAUUUUUUAUUUGUUUGUUUUUACUUGAUAUUUGUUUUAAUGAAUGUAAAACACUUCACUCAGAAUAAGCGUAACUGCCCUGAAAGGAAGAGGAAGAGAGAUUUUAACAGUUGCAAUGCAUGUUUAGGAAAAUCAGGAAGUAGAAAAUUAGUCUGUCAAUGCAUCAGCCCAUGAUAUUUUUUGUCCGACCCUGCUCACUCACCGACAUGGAUGUUCCUCUCAGAGUUCUUCUCAUCAUCACCGGACUCACAGGAAUUCACAGCAUAACUACAGUCAGUAAAGUGUCAGUAAAGGCUGGAAAAUCAAUCUCUAUCCCAUGUCUCUAUGACUCAAAAUAUAGAAACCAUGUGAAAUACUUGUGUGAAGGAUAUUAUUGGCACUCCUGCGAGUAUGUGAUUAAAACAAACCAACAAAAUUCAGGAAGGAUUUCAAUCUCUGAUGACAAAAUCCAAAGAAUCUUCACUGUGACUGUAAAUAAUCUGAGGGAUGAAGACCCUGGUGAUUACUGGUGUGCUGUGGAGAUUAAUAAUGGGCCUGAUAUCCACGAGUAUUUUCAUCUGUCAGUCAGCGGUACUCCAAAUCUCUAUGUGGAUCAUCAGGAGAUUACAGGAUCUAAAGGAAAAGAUAUAACCAUCAAUUGCUACCAUCUUAACCCUGGUAAGAAGAGCUGGUGCAGGCUGGGCAGCUCCUGUGUGACGACUGGAUCCUCUGGAUUAAUAGAUGGAACAAGAGUUUCCAUCAAUGCAAAGGGUCACAAUGUUUUCACUGUGACUAUGAGUGGACUGAGGACAGAGAGCAGCGGCUGGUACCAGUGUGUUAAAGGAGACUUACAGAUGCCUGUGCAUGUAACUGUUACUGAGCCAACUGUUACUGAGCCAUCUACCACAACCACUCUUGCAACAACAAGCACCACCUUAUCACCCACUACUGAGUCUCUGAAUCUCACCUCUGUUCUUGCAGACCGCACACCUACCACAGUUCAGGAUGAACAGCAAAGUGGUUCUGCUAAACUAAAGAAAUUCAUCAUCCCUUUGAGUGUGUUGGUCUUCACUGUAAUGUUGACCUUGUUCAUCUGGUUCAUGUUGAAAAGACACAAGCAGACCAAAUCAGCAUCAUCAGCCAUGACAGAGGCUGAAGAGGAAGUAACGUACAGUAAAGUUGAGCACAUAAGGAAUACUUCAAACCAGAGGACAAAGGCUGAGAGAGAUGAGGACGUGACGUAUAGCUCUGUGGUUAACAAGAGACAACAAACUGGCCAAAGGGUUGAAGUAAAUGACGACAAUGUUACGUACAGUAAUGUUGAGCACAUAAGGAAUACUUCAAGCCAGAGGACAAAGGCUGAGAGAGAUGAGGACGUGACGUAUAGCUCUGUGGUUAACAAGAGACAACAAAAUGGCCAAAGGGUUGAAGCAAAUGAAGACAAUGUUACGUACAGCACAUUGGCUUAGCAUCAGUGCAGCUUAGCACACGUUACCACGGUUUGUUCCACCUUUGUCCUACUUUAUCCUGUUCUGCAUACAUUUCAAAGAAGCAUAUCCUGUUUGUUUGCUAUGUUUUCCACAACACCAUUGACAACCCGAGUCUUGGGUCUAACUGUUGUAUUAUUUAGUAGCCCUAAAGGUCACAUAAGUAUGUUAUCUUGACACAUUGUGCAGGGUUUCCAUGUGUCCAAAAAAUUCCAAAUUCAUCUUGUCAAAUGUGUUGUAUCUAUCCAUGUGUCAAAAUUCAACGUGUUUUACUUACUGUACUGUAUCUCAUAUAAACAAAGCUACUUCUUAAAUAUGAGCUUUUUUCUAUGAUUAUAUUUUCUGUCCAACUUUCAAUGUCUCACACAUCUCCUCCCAUCACAAAUCCAAAAUCUUAACAUCAUAAAUGUUGCAGCAAGUGGUUAAUGUUGUGAAACUGUGGCAGUUAGGUAAAUGCAACAAGACGACUUGAUUAGGAUUUGAAAAACAUUAUGGUCUGGCUUAAAAUACGUCUCUUGCUUGAUUGUUUAAUUAUGACGCGGAUGGAUCUACUUUGGGGUUAGUUGAAAGCCUGUGGAGUCUAACACAGACGCUAACUCAUGAUCCUCAUGUGAAAAAGGGGCAUGAUGAAGAGUGGUCUUAGUUAACUAAAUUAAAGGACAAAUUAAUGUAAAAGACUAUCUUUUUUCCAAGGAUAUGACAAAACAACAUUUGAUUUGCUCUUUCUUUUAAAGACCCAAUGUUCUCCAUCUUUUG